AUGACGGAUGCUCCGAAAAUCCCCGACACUAUGGUGGCAGUUAGGACGCGUGGUCCCAACCGACUCUACUUGGACCCGACGACGCCGGUGCCAACGGUGCGCCCAGGCUACCUAUUGAUCCGAGUUUUGAGCGUUGCUCUGAAUCCGACCGACCAUAAACGACUUGCCAUUUUCGGGGAGAGCAGCCCGCACACGAUGGGCUGCGACGUUGCGGGCUGCGUCGUCCUCUGUGGGGGCAACGUCGAUCAAGACUACGUGCCAGGGGACCGGGUAGCCGGGUUGUGCUACGGCAUGAAACCCGGAGAUCCGUCCAGCGGUGCGUUUGGCCAGUAUGCUCUCCUGAAGGGUGCUUUGUCCAUGCGCGUGCCCGAACACGUCAGUGAUGCCGAAGCGGCGACCAUAGCCGUCGGGAUCAACUUUAGUGGCCUUGUGUUGAUCUAUGGCGGCGCCACCGCCACCGGAAUGAUAGCCCUGCAGCUGGCACGGCUCUCGGGUUGCCGGGUGUUGACGACCUGCUCGCCACGCAACUCCCAACUCGUCAAGGCACUCGGGGCACACCAUACGUUCGACUACCACGACGCCGAGACAUGCGGGCCAGCCAUUCGCGCGGCAACAGGCGACGGACUUAUGUUCGCCCUCGAUUGCGUCGCCGAGGGCAACAGCCACCGUAUAUGUGCCGAAGCCCUGACUUCCCGUGGGUCCGGUGUGGCGCGGUAUACUGCCUCCCUGCCCCUCGGUGAUGUGUUUCCCCGCGACGACGUGCAACACGGCUGGACUUCUGGCUAUUCUUCCUUCGGUGAAGGGACCCAUCUUGCCGGCCCGCUGCGUGAGGCCAACGCUGCAGAUCUGGAGUUUGCCACUCGUUUCUGGAAGCUCGCCAGUGCAUUGCUGUUCCAGGACCGCCUAAGGUUGGGCCCGUUGGUGCACUUGCGGCCUGGAGGAUUACAAGGUGUGCAGGAAGGAUUGUCCGAGUUGAAGAGUGACCGUGUGUCUGCUGAAAAGCUCGUGUACGUCUUGUAA